GAAUGUGCUGGCGAGCCCCUCUUUUCCCUCUUCUGCGCCAUCAAGCAGCAAAUGGAGAAAGGUCCCAUUGACGCCAUCACGGGAGAAGCCCGCUAUUCCUUGAGUGAAGACAAACUCAUCCGGCAACAGAUCGACUACAAGACCCUGGUCCUGAGUUGCGUGAACCCUGAUAAUGUCAACACCCCUGAGAUUCCAGUGAAGAUCUUGAACUGUGACACCAUCACCCAAGUGAAGGAGAAGUUCCUUGAUGCCAUCUUCAAGAACGUGCCUUGUUCUCAUCGGCCCAAAGCUGCAGAUAUGGAUCUUGAAUGGCGGCAGACUAACGGGAUCAGAAUGAUCCUUCAGGAUGAAGAUCUGACCACCAAGAUUGAGAACGACUGGAAGAGGCUGAAUACCCUUGCCCAUUAUCAGGUGUGUAAAUCAGCUUUGGUUUUGUUGGAAGAAAAAUCCAUCUGGUUCAGUGCCCAGCUGGCAUAA